AUGGUAUUGAUAUUCGCCGCCCCAGCAGCUGUAGUGGCUUGUUUUGUACCUUUCAUCGGCUUAGUAGCAAUUCCUUUCAUCCCAUUCUUUCUUAUUGGUGCUAUAUAUUCUCUGACAUGGUGCAUUUACCUAGUACUUGCACAACAAGACCGACCACCCUAUGCUGUCAUUGGCACACCCAGCAUUGCAAAGUAUAUACCCUUUAUCCCUCUAUCGCCCGUUCGCUGUCUCAAGGUCGUGAAGUCUUCGCUCAUGUAUGCAUGGGCGCUGUCUGGCUUUACUUGGGUAGUUAUUGACUGGUACAUGCAGUACCGUCGCAUUCGGGCACUGGCCGCUAAGAAUAAGCCUAUUUGUGAUACGGUCGUCUACUCAAUCCCAUUUUCACAUCAACGACUUGAUGUCUACCUGCCAAAGAAAGCCACUACUAUUCUAUCCCAACAAGGUCCUUUAGCCGGGCUGGGGCUAAACACUGGUCACCCCGUGCUUGUGUUUGUACCUACGGCUACUCUCCCUGUAAAUAUUGUAAGCCACCGCCAAACCUACUUGCAAUUGGCUUUGCGAAUGCGAGAUUUGGGGUUUUGUGUGGUCAUUCCUGAGAUCACAUACUAUCCGGACGAUCGGAUCCGCCAGUCUGUGGUGGAUUUACGCCUAGCGCUGAGUUGGGUGGGAGCACAUAUAUCAAGCUAUGGUGGUGACCCUUCGAGAAUAUAUGUUAUGGGCUUUGGCCUGUCCUCGGCGCUGAUAACACUGACAUUGGUUCAGGAAGCCGCGGUGCUAAGCCAGACGGUGGUUGACGAGGAGUCGGACGAUGAGGAGAAUCCCACGCGUAUUAAGACUGAAAACUAUUUACGCCAGCUAGAAAUUUAUGCACCACAAAUUCGACUGCCCAACCUAGCUGGUGUGAUUUUAAUAGCUGGCCUGAGUGAUGUGGUGAAAGGAUACCUACAUGAAGCGAAGCUGGGCAUUGAGCACCUGAGCGUGCUUCGGCGUUGGGCAGGGCCUAAAACUACGCAGUGCCUUCUCCAUUCUCCUACUCAUAUUUUGACACACACGGAGUCCACAUUUGACGCGGCGUUUCUGCCACCCAAAUUCCUCCUGAUUCAUGGCGGACAAGAUACGCUUGUACCUAUUAGUCAUUCCACACUACUCAAGGCAUUGCUACAAAAAGCAGGUGUGCCACAAGUGGAAUUGCUCGCAUACCGUGACCUGACUCACUUAGAUACCCUAAAAUGCCUUUUAACGCCCUCCAUGGGGCAAAAAUCAUCCUGUGGACAUCAAAUGAUCGAGGCGAUUCAGAAAUUCAUGACUGGUGAUAAUGUUCUUGUGACUCAUUGA